UGCUGUGUUUUCAUUCCUGAAAUUGAGUCACAAGAACCAUGAAACAUGAGAGUGCCAGUGUCUUUGAAAGCCUAGCACACAUCAAUACUGUUUGCUUGUCUUCACGUGUCUUUACUUGAAAGUCUUGAAUGACAGCUAUUUAGUUGCCACUGAUGCUGGAGAUGAGUGACAUCCUUGGGCGAUCACUACAUCUCUCCCUGUCCACUUUUCAUCCGGCUCAAUGGUUUGACUCUCGGCUCAUCACUGUCCCUUGAUGUGGGUUGGCAUUUUGAUCGCUAGUCUCUUGAGAAGCAAGUGUGUCUCUGCAAUGACUGCUCUUUCCACAGGCCCGGUCAUCUAACGCAGGAGGACUUUGACAUGGAUGUGAAUGAGCAGGAGGAGGAGGAAAAACGCCACAAGAAGAAGGCCAUAGGCCAGUGGUGGGUGAGCAAGUGCAACAAAGAUGCAUGUGAGGAAGAAAAAGAAGGAAGAAGAAGAAAUGGCGGAGGCAGGUUAGUUGACAGUCUGAGUUGGGCUGAGGAGCUGCAGGGCAUUCUCAGUCCUCUGGCUGAGGCUGACUGUCAAAGGAGAACAAGCAGAUCAUUCGACAUCACUGCCCAGAGGAAUGACAGAGAGUCCAUCAGGCAGAAGCUGGCUCUUGGCAGUUUCUAUGACGACGAAGAGCCAGUCAUCUACAACAGCUGCAGCAAGAACGGCCUUCCCUCCCGGCCUCAGAGUGGUGUGAAUCUGCAGGUCUGUUUUGUGAAUGACAGCAGCAGUGACAAGGACAGUGAUGCCGAGGACAGCAAGACAGAGACAAGCCUGGAUACGCCGCUGUCACCCGUGGUACACACUGUGGAUGUAAAUAGUAAGCAGAGUUCGUCCCUGUCGGACCGGGACACAGGCGAGGAGGACUCGGACCCCCUGGAGGAAUGUGGCUUCUGGCGAGUGCAGCGGCGGCUCCAGGAGGAGGCCCGGGUGGCGCUGGCGUUGGCUCGCCCCAUGGCCCGCAUGCAGGUGGAGGUAGAGAGACAGAUCCAGCUCCACCGCCGCUCGCCCGUCGCUGACCUGCUGCCCCACCUGCCCCACAUCAGUGAGGGUCUGAUGAAGAGGAGUCUGAGGAGGGGAGACAUGAGGGACAUGAGCCUGGGCCAGCUCCAGGUCAUCACCAACGAUCUGCACUCACAGAUACAGAGCCUGAAUGAGGAGCUGGUGCAGCUGUUGCUGAUGAGAGAUGAGCUCCAUGUGGAGCAGGAUGCCAUGCUGGUGGACGUAGAGGACCUGACCAGGCAUGCUCAGAGCCAGCAGAGACACCUGACAGAGAAAACCCUCUCCAAAUAAAACCCCUGCCACCUGUCACCCACAUCACAUGACAACCACAACCACCACAGAGCAGUGGUCAAAAACCCUGGUCCUGGAGACCAAUAAGGUGUGCAGGCUUUUGCUCCAGCACAGCACUUUCACAGCUGAUUCAACUAAUCAAUAUCUUUGAUGCUCAGUUGAUUAGUUGAAUUAGGUAUGUUAGUGCUAGGCUGGACCAAGCCUGGACAUGCUUUAGCUCGUCAGGGUUAGGGUCCACCGCUAGAGAACCACACCCAUCCGGGAGUCAUACAGGGCCCUGAGUUUUAAGUGGUCAGGCAAAACUCUGGGCCCCAGUCAUAAACCAUGUGUCGUUGUGGCAGUUU